UUCAGAAACUCCAAUUUGCCGAUAGAUUCCACAAGAAUGAGCUUUACCACCACCGCUGAAAUCGCCCAAUUUGGCGGAAAAUUAUACAAAUUGUCGCACAAUUCUGUUACUACCAAGACUAAGAUGGAUGUGAAUGUCUUCGUACCCUCGAAGAAAGAUGAAUCGACAAAGCUUCCUGUGUUGCUCUAUUUGUCUGGACUCACAUGUACGCCCAACAAUGCAAGCGAAAAGUCCUUUUUUCAGUAUUUUGCAGCUAAAUACGGUUUUGCCAUAGUAUUCCCAGACACUUCACCUCGUGGAGCCAACAUCGCCGGAGAAGAUGAUUCGUGGGAUUUCGGUACGGGUGCCGGUUUCUAUGUUGACGCCACUACUGAUCCUUGGAAAAACAACUACAAAAUGUACUCGUAUGUCCACGAGGAAUUGCAAUCUGAAUUGGCGUCACAAUUCCCUGAUUUAGACUUUUCUAGAAUCUCCAUUACUGGCCAUUCUAUGGGAGGAUUUGGUGCGUUAUCGGGAUUUUUGAAGAAUCCCGGAAAGUACCAAUCAGUCAGUGCCUUUUCCCCUAUUUCUAACCCACUGACUUGUCCUUGGGGAGAAAAAAACUUUGGAAACUACUUGGGCCCAGACAAGGAAGCCUGGUACAAAUACGAUCCUACUCACUUGAUUAAGGAGUACAGCCACGAAAACCAACCUACCAUCUUGAUCCACCAAGGAAAAAGCGACGGCUUCUACAAAGAUAAACAGUUGCAACCAGAGAUAUUUGAGGCUGCUGCCAAAGAUGCUGGCUACAAAGGAGGUGUAGACUUGAAUAUCGUAGAAGGCUAUGAUCAUUCGUAUUUCUUCAUCGCUACCUUUGUGGAAGACCAUGCCAAGCACCAUGCUAAGUAUUUGGGUUUGGUUGAAUGACUAGCCGUGAAUCGGUCCAGCAAGAUAUGAAAGGACGACCCUUGCCAUAUAUAAGUCUUAGAGAUGCUAGAUAACUUAAGUAAAAGACACGUC